AUGAUGAAGUGUCUUGGCGACGUUUCAAACUUCGUCUCGUCGCAAGUGCUGAUGUAUCUCCAAGGAAGUAUCAACGAGAAUAAAGCAGAAAACUACAGACAUAUUUAUUAUAAUAUUAGUAUCCACAGAAGCAAGGUAGACAGCGGGACACCAAUGUGUUGAGUGCGACUGUGGCAGGAGACUUCGUGUGCGCCAGCGUGUUUGUAAGAAGAGACUAGUGCUGGCAUGUAAAAGUAAAACACCGUUUGUUGGUGGCUCCACUUUUGUUUUCGGGGCUCUAAGCGGUGGAUUGUAAUUGUUAUUGUGUGUCACUCCUCCGGGAUGAACGGUUUCGAUUUACAGUUCCUCCUCAGGGUUUGGUCUCAAAGCUGAUUUGGUAAGUAAAGAAAUCGGACACAAAUGGAGAUCAUGACACGACAACAUCCGACCCCUAAGUAAAACCUGCUCAAUAAGACCUCUAGGUCUAAGGUCUGGCUCUUUUUGUUCUCGGAAGCAUUUGAU